UAAUGCAAUUAAAAUCGGCUUUUCCCUCUCUUCCCUCAUGGCUUCUCUUCAAUAUUCUUCAGCUUCUUGGGUGGCCCAAUACAGAGAAUUCAGGCCAUUAACCAUUGUUCAACUAGGCAAUAAUGGCAGGCAUUCCAUCAACUUAGUCACAAAGCACACCAACUUUAUACUCAAAUUCUCACAAAUAUCAUACGACAUUAAGUACAACAGCAAAGGAAAUGAAUGGAGGGUGUGUUGCAGUGAUGAUGGUUCAUGUGGGAUUGCUCCCCAAUGGUCCACCCCUCGGUUUUAGACUUGGUCCAAGAAUUCUAUACUGCCAUCAAUGUCAAAAACACACACAAACUGGAUCAACUUCUUUGAAAUGAUUGUAUAUUCCAAGACCUCAUAUUUUACAUUCCCUUUGCUGGAAAAGAGAGUAUCAUGAACUUUCAGCAAAAUCUAAUGGAAGCAAUGGGACAAAAUGUUCAUUUCGUGAUUGAUAGUUGGAUGGAAGAGUGGAAAGGCAAAGAGACACCACAUACGACAGGCUGCAAUUUCUUUGAAUGUCAACAGAUUGAUGGAAAGCUUAUUAUCAGCAAAAUCACAGGAGUGGAGGAGUUUCCAGUGAAACCCGGAGAUUGGGUGCUGAAACUAUUGAAAGCAACCAUUGUUGUUUUUGACAAGUUACCCUUUCCGGCUGAACAGUUGCUUACAAGGUCGGAGGGAACACAUGAGCGAAUAAUCAAGCUUCUAGAAAUGUCGGUAGCUUAUAACAACAACUGAUUAUGAAUUGAGUUUUAAUUCAAUUAGUAUCCGUAUUAUUAUUAGUGCAAGAAAAUAUAAAUUUGAAUAUAAGUUUAUUCUCUUAUUUAAAA